AUGGCGGACGAAGAAGAAGUUGAGGAAGUAAAUGAAAGUGAAAUGAAGACAAGCAGCUCACUGCAGCAUAUGUUAGCAGUAAUCGCUGAAGAAAGGAAAAAAGAAACAGCAACAUUUUCUAUAUCAGGUGAGUUUGAAGUGGUAUCUGGUGACACAGUGAAGUUCUGGACCAGCUUGUUUGAGCAAUAUUUCCUCAUGUCAGAUGGUGCAGAUGGUAUGAGAGAUGAUAUGCUGUUCUAUGUUAGACGAGUGAAAGGAGAAAAACUUUCAUUCAUGAAGACAGAAAUAGAAGUGUACAGAAAACAUUCCAAAAAGCAGCCCACCUUUGAUGACACCAGUAUUAAUUGGGAGGAAACUGUUUAUCUUAAUAUCAUUUUACAUCAAUUUGUAUAUACCAUGACCUGUGCUGUGUGUACAAGAACUGCCAAAAAUAAUUUACAGAUACUUAAAAAGUACUCUCAGCGAGUAUACCCAUCACCAAGUAGGAGAAGAAUGGACAGUAAGGGGACGCAAGAAGAAAUAUGUUAUCCAAAUAUAUUUUUCACUGUGGAUAAUUUUGAAGAGGCAUUUACAGAUAUAGUAGUACGAGAUAGUGAACUAGUCACAGUAGAGUUAGUGGCCUCGGAUAGAGACGGUGAGCUUCAGGGAGUUAUCUUUCUGGGCUCAAUACGAUAUGAACAUCUAAAGAAGGUUUAUGAUGCAAGGUCGAGCCUUACAAGUAAAAUGGUGCAGCGAAUGUCACUAGGUUGGAUCAGUAAAACACAUAAAAGAGUAGAGUAUGUCCGAAUGAGAGGUCCGUCUGGCAAGGGGUUUGCUGAGAUAGCAGUUUCUAGGAUGAAGGGGUCAGGACCAGAGACCCCUGACCUUGAAAACUUUCCUGUCGAUGAUUUUGAUGAUAAUCAGCAGCAAAAUACUUAUACACAACGCAGAAUGAGUGAUCCUAGUCAAGCAAUCACAUCCUUUAUGCAGCGUGCAAUAAAAAAGUCUCGCUCAGAGACGGAAAAUGUUGAUAUUAUAGGAACUGGGGAACAAGAGGUAGAGGCUGGUACUCUACAUGAUGAGUUAGAAGAGUCUGAACAGUAUAAUGGAUUCUGGGGUAAAUCUUUUGGUCAGGCAUGGCAUUGGUUCAAAGAGAGACGGCGAGCCAAUAGCGUAUCAUUAAAUGCAUAUCUUACCUACGUCACAUUGCCUUGGCAUAGAAUUAUAGGUGAUGUUUUAGAAGUUCGGCAGCAACCUGUGUUAUUGUUCUAAUCAGGGAACAGUGAAAGAAUUAUCCAUAUGUGCCAUUUAUCCAUCAGUCCCACCUAGAAAUCCUGUACACCAAACUGCAUCCUUGAGGAUUCAAAUGUCCAGAUUAAACUUAACUGACAAACCUUUUAUCGGCUUUGUAGUGUUAAAGGUCAUGUUGGCAGCAUCUAGAAUUGCGUUAAGUUUUUAGAAAUCCAGAGGAUCUAAGGUGGAAAUUCAACCAACUUCACCUUAACUUUAUUGCAAGAUACAAACUUUCUUCAGAAGGUAUUGAAAAAUUCAAGGUGAAGAAAUGACAGUUUGCAUGUUAAGUAUUGACUACAAAUGAUAAGGUUUGAGUGUGGAUGUGAGAAAGGAGCUUAUGUUGUGAUGUUUUAUCUAGAAAAGAACUAUGUAUUGUGCUAUCUUGAAAGGUUGCAAGUUUAGAUUGUUAUGCAGGAUUGGGAAGUUAGUUAUUUUGAAAGUCUAGAAUUCUGUUAAAGACUUUAACAUAUAACACCAAAGGAAAAGUUGUUAAAUCACAUAUGUAGUGGGCUUUUGGGUAUAGAUGUUUACGUUCCGGUCAGUUCACUUGAAUACUGUGAAAUUUUGAUAUUACAUACUUUUCAGAACAUGGGAAGGACUAUAAUACGCAUUUCAAAAAAAAAAUGUUUAAAUUUUUGUGAGAUAAUAAUUAUGUAAAUUAGGACCACAUGGUUAAUUUUUCAGACUUUUUGUUUCAAAUUGAAGAUUUAUAGUAUAAAACCAUUCCUGUAAUAAGAAAUGUGUAGGUUAACAUGUAUAUGGGAUCUGUUUUAAGUUAAUCAGUAAUAAACAUAAAAUUCACUCAUUAGCAGCCAGUGCUUUGAUUAAAAUUAUUUGAUAGCUUUGACAGGUGCUAUUUUGAUUUACCAUUAUCCUAACCAGAAAUGAAACCAAAGGUUGCUAAUAAGUGAAUUUUAAAGAAGAAAAUCCAAUUUUUGAUUUUUCAAAAACAAUGCCAAUACCUAUGGUAAUUCAGAAAGAUUCUGUGUUGUUUUGACUUUGACACAGACAUUUUAAAUGAAAGCAAAUUAAUUUUCAUAAGUCUUUACCUUUGAAAUUUUCUUAUGUACAUGUGAAUCCUAUGCACUUCUUUGUCAUGGUUUAAUGAAACACAAAAUCCGCCAGAGUCUCAUACCAUAUCCAUGUGUAGAAGUUAAGGUUUAUUUUGUCACAAAUCAUUGAAAUCAAAGGUAAGAUGUCAGUUCUUUUAUAUUUUUUUUUUUUGCUUUUGCAUUUAAUAUUUGUACUUUUUUUUUUCAAAAAAUGUCAUAAAUGAAUAAAGUACCAGAAACGAAGAACAUUCUGAAAACUAAAAUCAAUCUUGCAAAAUAACAGAAAUUGUUACACCAAAGAAAUUUACUGUUUUUAGUUGUUAUGUAUUUUAAUAUUUGUUUUAUGUACUUUUUGUGCACCCCCACCCCCACACACCAAUGAGCGGUGGGGGCAUAUAUGUUUGGUCGUGUCCGUGCGUCUGUCCGAAGUUUGUGACGCGCCUAGCUCAAAAAGUAUUUGAUAUAAAUUGAUGAAACCUUGCAUGAGUCUUUACCAUGAUAAGAACUUGUGCACCUCCUAUUUUUCAUUGGCUCAGUCCCUUAUUUCCAGAGUUAUGGCCCCUGAAAUAGUAAAAAAUGCACAUUUUCACCUUGUGACGCGCCUAACUCAAAAAAAAUUACAUAUAAAUUGAUUAAACCUUGCAUGAGUCUUUAUCAUGAUAUGAAUUUGCGCACCUCCUAUUUUUUGUCUGCCUCCGCCCCAUAUUUUCAAAAUUAUGGCCCUUGAAAUAGUUAAAAAUGCACAUUUUCACCUUGUGACACACCUACAGUGAAACACCGCGUGAGGUCGCAAGGGGAUGAGCAAAUGCUCGAGUUAUCCAUUGUUUUGAGCGACCCAAACAUUGACCAACAUACGAAGAAAAUUAAAGUUUGUUUUACCAAUUCUCACCGAGACCAUUUGCAGAGGAAACGGUGAUGCGUAAUAAUAACACAAUUGUGACAGUUUCAAAAAACGUCUUACAAACGUUAUUUAUGAUAGAUCGUAAAUGGCACAUGUGAAGAAACAGCUAAGACAUUUUUUUUAUUUGAAAUACUGUAAUCGAAUUCGCAAUUUUCUUCUCCAAAUUAAGAUCUCAUUAUUAUCGUCUCAAUUUUAUGAAAAGGCUAUCUUAUUUCCUUUAUUUGCAUGCAAACAACUGUCGAUUAAAAUAUUAAUAUCUCAUAAUUAUCUUCUCGAUCCCGCAGAAAAAAAGUAAUAAUUAAUUACAAUUUUGAUCAAUAAAAUUUUUCUUCCACCUUUUAUCAAUAAUUAAUCUCAUUAUCAGAUCAAAUAUACUGACAAACAAACAUUUAAGAUAGUCGGGGAAUAGACCAUGCAGUUCUCCUGACGUGUGAAAAUUUUAAAUUAACAAUACAUUCUGACCGCCGAAGGUGUGAAAAAAUUUGACACUUAUGGUCGAGUUUGCCAAAAGCAACAAAGAGUAUAUUAAUACACAGGGACCAGGUGUCAUGCUCGAGCGAUCGAGUUAUCAAUGCUCGACCCAGCCAUGGAAAUUUCACAUAGAAAAUAGAAGGAAAUCGGCCGGGACCACAUGAAUUGCUCGAGCAAGCCGGGGUGCUCAAGUCAUCGAUGCUCGAGCGAGCGGUGUUUCACUGUAGUUCAAAAAGUAUAUGAUAUGAAUGGAUGAAAACUUGCAUGAGUCUUUAUCAUGAUAUAAACAUGCACAUCUCUUAUUUUUUGGCUGGCUCCACCCCCCAUUUUUAAAGUUAUGGCCCCUGAAAUAGUCAAAAAUGUACAUUUUUACCUAAUUAUGUGCCUAGCUCAAAAAGUAUUUGAUGUAAAUUCAUGAAAAACCUUGCUUGAGUCUUUAUCGUGAUGUGACCUUGCACACUUGGCAUUCUUCUUGAGAAUCUUAGUGCUUAUUACAGAGCUAUGGCCCUUGAAAUAGCCAAAAUAAAGGAUUUUUUGUUUGUGAUGCUCAUAGCUCAAAAAGUAUAUGGCCUAGAAUAAUGAAUCGUUUUCAUUAAAGGUUUGUUGAGGCUAUACCCCCUUAAGACUGCAAACAUUUGAAUUAUUGUCCCUUAUUUGUGACAAAUGUACCAGUGGGGGGCACACCCUGUGUCCUACAGACACAUUCUAGUUAAGUACAUGUAUAUACAGCUCUUGCCAGAAUAAAGUACUGCAAUAUUUGAUGUGCUUACAUAUAGUGCUAAGUUAUUUGAAAUUUGUCAUUAUUAAUGUGUUCUCAUUUAAUAUGUGUAUUAUUUUCAAUAUUGUUUCCAAUUUCUGUUGAGAGGCUGUUAAGUUUUGAACCAGUUGUUGUUUUAUUUUGUUAAAUAUAAAUAUAGAGUAUCUGAGAAACUGUUUUUAGGGGAUCACCACUAUUGGGGUCUCUCAUCCUUACAGAAAAAAUAAUUAUAUAUAUAGUGCAAAUUUAAUUGGAAAUAAGCCAAGAUGGCAACAGUUCUAUACAUGAAUAUGAAACUGUUGUAAUUAUAUUCUGCGAUAAAUAAUGGUUGACACAUGGGCUGGUGAGAGAAUAUUGUAACAUGAAAUAGUCAUGUGAUUCAUUACAACUACAAUGAAGUUCAGCAUAAUGUCCAUCAUCAUAUUUAAAAGAGUACUUCAGAAUGAAAAUAUACAAUGCCGUCCUGUGAAUCCAUGCUGGUCGCAAAUGCACUAUGUUGGUUUUCUCAUGACGCAGCUCAUUUAGAUGCUUUGAUAUUUAACCAUCAAGUCUUGGGUUAAUGCCCUUGUGUUCAAUUCCUGUGCACCUGAACUCUGAACCAUUGUAUAUCAGAUGGUAAACAAGACAAAGGCAUUGACUUCAUGUUAUUUAUCAUAACAUUUAGUGGGUAAAAUGUGUAACUUGUUAUCACCAUUGAAAAGACAAUAAACAAGAACGUUUAUUAGAUCAACCUGUCUCACUCUCAAACACCAUAUUUUACAUGUUCACUCAUGCCUUACAUGGACACAUUCAGAUAUCUAUCUAUGAAAUUUGCAACAUAAUUAGUGUUGUAGUUAUUACAGAUUUGUAACAAAUCCUUGAGUUAAACAACUGGUUUGUGCUUUUUGAGGAUAAAAACAUUCCAAAAAUAUUUAUUCCAUUAUUCCGUGUUUACAUGUUAUACUGCACUAGUUUGUAUACUGUGAAAUCAUUAAAUCUUUUUGUUAUAAAAUUUCAAGGUUUUAGGUGAAACGUUUAUUUCUUCAGGCCAUGAAUUCCUGGAUUUUAGACUAACAAGAUACAUUUACUAGGUACUUUUUGUUAGUUAGUAUCUUUUUUAGCUCACCUGAGCACAAAGUGCUCAAAGGUGAGCUUUUGUGAUCGCUCUGUGUCCGUCGCCCGUUGUCGUCGUCAACAAUUUGACUGUAAACACUCUAGAGGUCACAAUUUUGAGCCAAUCGUAAUGAAACUUGGUCAGAAUAAUACCCUCUAUAAAAUCUUGGAAGAAUUCAAUAUUGGGUCAUCUGGGGUCAAAAACUAGGUCACCAGGUCAAAUCAAAGGAAAAGCUUGUUAACAUUCUAGAGGUCACAUUUUUGGCCCAAUCUUAAUGAAACUUGGUCAGAAUGUAACCCUCAAUAUAAUCUUGGACGAGUUUGACAUUGGGUCAUCUGGGGUCAAAAACUAGGUCACCAGGUCAAAUCAAAGGAAAAGCUUGUUAACACUCUAGAGGUCGCAAUUUGGGCCCAAUCUUAAUGAAACUUGGUCAGAAUGUUACCCUCAAUAAAGUCUUGGACGAGUUUGAUAUUGGGUCAUCUGAGGUGAAAAACUAGGUCUCCAGGUCAAAUUAAAGGAAAAGCUUGUUAACACUGUAAAGGCCACAUUUAUGACUGUAUCUUCAUGAAACUUGGUCAGAAUGUUAAUCAUGAGACUCUAUAGAUCAAGAUCAAAUCUGGGUCAGGUGGGUUCAAAAACUAGGUCACUAGGUCAAAUCAAAGGAAAAGCUUGUUUACACUUAAGAGGCCACAUUUAUGACUGUAUCUUCAUGAAACUUAGUCAAAAUGUUAAUCUUGAACAUCUUUAGGUCAAGUUUGAACCUGGGUCAUGUCAGGUCAAAAACUAGGUCACCAGGUCAAAUCAAAGGAAAAGUUUGUUAACACUGUAGAGGCCACAUUUAUGACUGUAUCUUCAAGAAACUUGGUCAGAAUGGUAAUCUUGAUGAUCUAUAGGUCUUAUUCAAAUCUGGGUCAGGUGGGGUCAAAAACUAGGUCACUAGGUCAAAUCAAAGGAAAAGCUUGUUAACACUGUAGAGGCCACAUUUAUGACUGUAUCUUCAUGAAACUUGGUCAGAACAGUAAUCUUGAUGAUCUCAAAGUCAAGUUUGAAUCUGGGUCAUGUCAGAUCAAAAACCAGGUCACCAGGUCAAAUCAAAGGAAAAGUUAGUUUAAACUUUAGAGGCCACAUUUAUGACCAUAUCUUAAUGAAACUUGGUCAGAAUGUUAACCUUGAUGAUGUUUAUGUCAAUAGGUCAGGUGAGCGAUACAGGGCCUUCAUUGCCCUCUUGUUUAUGAAUUGACAUGACCACAAAAUAAUAAGGUCCCAUGUAGUUCUGGGACAACUUGUGCAUGAAAAAAAUUGGAACCACCUUGUUACCAUUGCAUGGUCAUAAGAGGUAACUAAUAGAAUAUGAACACUUGUUUUGAUGUAUCACUGUGAUUCCAGCAGGUAUAAAAGUUUUGAUUCCAUACCUCUUGAUUUUAUUUUAAUGUAAAUGAGAUGUGAAACCAAAAUUUUUAGUCCUGUUUUGCACCAUAUAACCCAUAGUGUGUUGGUGCACAGUAAUAUCAAAGCAAAUUAAAUUAUAAAAUCCAUGAACAUUACCAGAACCAUAGUCCAUAUAAAUAUUAACCCUUAGCCUGCUAAAUUUCUAAAAUGGACUGGUCCAUCAUUCAAUUUGGGUAAUACCAUUUAUUAUUCAAAGGGAUGUUCACUGAAAAUUUACUGACUGAAUAGCGAACAGUGCAGACUGUGCAGGCUGAUCUUGGUCUGCACUGGUCGCAAAGGCAGAAUCACUUGCCGCCAGCAGGCUAAAGGUUAAUGAUUUCUCAGCAUAUGUUUAUGUGACUGGUCACAAAAUUUUCAUUUUUAUGAACAUUUACGAGUACAAUGUAGUAGAAAAAGUGCAAUAUAUUGUAUUUUUAUAAUAAGUUAAUCAAAACUUACUUUGUUUUAUGAAUACAUGUAGCUAUAUUAUUUAUGUAUAGGGAGUCAUCAUUUUAUUUUUUCCUGCGGUACAAUGAAACCUCACUUCCACUACUUUAUAUAAAAUGAGUUUAUUAUUAUACAGCUUUGCCUUGAAGUAGUUUAUAACCCCCCUGCCACAGAUUUAGAGUUAUAUUUCAGGUUUUAUCCAGCAGUCUUUCUUGACACAGCCAUAUGAGCCACGCCAUGGGAAAACCAACAUAGUGGCUUUGCGACCAGCAUGGAUCCAGACCAGCCUGCGCAUCCGCGCAGUCUGGUCAGGAUCCAUGCUGUUCGCUAACAGUUUCUCCAAUUCCAAUAGGCUUUAAAAGCGAACAGCAUGGAGCCUGACCAGACUGUGCGGAUGCGCAGGCUGGUCUGGAUCCAUGCUGGUCGCACACCCACUAUGUUGGUUUUCUCAUGGCACGGCUCAUAUAGGAAUGUUUAUGCCUUUAAGGCAAUGCAGCCCAAGUCUUAGUACUUACAUGCUAUUUAGGAUAUAGAGUAUUACAUUGUAAACCCACUUUAGUUUGGAAUAAGAAGUUGCAACCAACUUUGAUUCAUACAUUACUUCCUUGGAGACUUGGAUAUGGGUAACAGUCAUACGGGCUCAAGAAAGGCAUAGCGAAAAUAGAAAAGUAAGUUUUGUUUUUCUGUCAGUAACGUCUGUUAGGAAUAAGACAUGUGGGCCAAGUUUGAUACACAUGAACCUUUUACGGAUAUUAAUUUUUAGAAAAAUGGUUUUCAGUUACAGUUAAGGAACUUUAACUAAAUUCUGUUGCCACAAAGGUAAGAAUAUUAAGUUAGGAAUUAGAUAUUGGGACCAAACUGCUUCCCUAGAUCCAUUUAUUGGGAGAUACCAGUUCAAUUAAUUUGUUUUUACGAAUAGGAAGUUUGGUUGAUGGUAGAGGUUAGGGGUGGGGAAAUAUGUUUAUAUGGGGAGGGAAGCUCUUAGCUUUUGUUAACUGAGGUUAUACAGUUUUCAGUCUGCAGCAAAACUUUCUUUUAUUUUACACUGACAGCUAAACCUUUGGAAUACAGUCAAGCCUGUGUUAAGCAGCCAGCCAAGAAAAUGACAGUCUGGCUGCUUCAGGCAGGUGGCUGUUUUAUACCAUUAGCCACUACGGCAAGGUCAGAUGCAGAUUUUCUUGUAACACAACCAGGGUAUUUUUUUAUGAUAUAACAGUUUUGUGAAAAAAAUCAAAUUACUCCCCCAGUGCAGCUAAGAUAGUACUGACAGCUUGAGGUUACAAAGUGUUCAAGACCGAGCAACAUCGGUAUAUCAGUCCAAUUCAGGAACAGCUUAUUUGUAUUUACAGCAGUGUUGUGAUUGACUUCGCUCAUCUUCUGGCAAUUAUCAUACCUAGCACCCACUUGUUAUGUCUUUACAGUUUUAUUUUUACUUGACAAAACGAAAAACAAAAUCAUAUGUGUACGAACAGCACUGUUACAUUCCAUUGACUUUUGUUUCCACUUGCUGAUGUUCUUACCUUUACUCUGAAGUACAGAAAUACUUACGAAAAGAAACAUUGUUACAAUUUAUGUGAGUGAUAUUUUAAACCUUUCACAAAAAUGGUCGCCAAUUUAUUUCUGUGGUUACUGAAAACAAAAUGACGGGUAUAGUGAUAAUUUAGAUUUUUUUAUUUACUAAUAUAUAGAAGAAAAGUUCAUUUAUAGUGUUCAAGUGAAAAAGAAAAGAAGCCAUUUUGCAUUAUACUAAAAAUAACUUUUUCAUUUAAAGUUAUAUCAUGUUGUAUGUACUGGUAAGCAUUGUUACUUCUCAAGUGUGGUAGCCAUCACAUAAGCACAUAAAAUUGCUGCCUCCAUUUUCUGCUGUGUUCUGAAAUUUCAAACUGUGGUAUCUUUUUCAAAACUGACGAGAUUUACAAUUUUCAUUCAGUGUUACUAUAUUAUACUAUUAUAGACACUAUAGAUACUAUUUAUUUCUUAAAUGGAGCAGGUCAGCUAAUAUACUGUCUUAUAAUUAUGUAGUUUAUCAUUAUACAUUUGAGCCGCACCAUGCUGUCCGCUAACGGUUUCUCUAAUUGCAAUAUGCUUUGAGAGCGAACAGCAUGGAUCCUGACCAGACUGCGCGGAUGCGCAGGCUGGUCUGGAUCUAUGCUGGUCACAAAUGCACUGUGUUGGUUUUCUCAUGGUGUGGCUCAUUUAUUAAUUAUCAGUUAUUUAUUCAGAUCAGUCAUUCCUUUAUAUGUUAUUUUGGGUAUAAUUUGCCUUUUUAGAGUGUAUUAAAUUUUUAUUUUUACAGUUGUUGAUUGUUAAAGUUGAAUAUUAUUUUGCUGGAACUUAGGAUUUAGUUGAAAACAUUAUAAAAGUAAAUAUUGUUGAUUAACAGAAGGUGUAAAUUUCUGAUGUAGACUUACCUUUAGGAUUGUCCUUAUAUAUUGAGAGAGACCUCUAUACUGUUUUUUUUAUCUAUUGUCUAGAUUUUCUUUAGAUUGUGUAUGAAUAUUGCUAUACAUUCAAACUGGUAUGGCCAAUUAACCUUUAGCAUGCUAGGUAAAUUGUCGUCUGCUGGAAAUGUCGUCUGCUAAAAUUGUAAAGUUCAUUCAGUUUGCUCCAAAAUUGGAAGAAAUAUUGUCAGAGUAGCAAACAGCCUGGAACCUGAUCAGACGCCGAUUUAAUCGGCGUCUGAUCUGGUUCCAAGCUGUUUGCAAAGGCUGUUAAAUUCGCCUGCAGCAGGCUAAGGGUUAAUGUUACUUUUGCUAGGUCAGACUUUUCUAUAGACCUGUACUAGUUACAGGAAAUUGAAGUGGCAACUUGGUUCUAACCAUACUUGAAACAAAUAAAAUUUGAAUUUUUCAUACCUUUUUGUAUGACCUUUAACCCAAAAAUGGCCUUGAACUUCACAAGAGUCUUCACUGCACAGAAGGUGCCAGUAUUUUGGUACAGUUUCAGUAUUCAAAGAAUAUGUCAAUAAUGUUUUUGUUAUAAAAACUUAUUAGCCCACCAUCAUCAGAUGGUGGGCUAUUCAAAUCACUCUGCGUCCGUGGUCCGUGGUCCUUCCGUCCGUCCGUCCGUCUGUCCUUCCGUCCGUUAACAAUUUCUCGUUAUCGCAUCUCCUCAGAAACUACCCGGGGGAUUUUGACCAAACUUUGUCAGAAUGAUGUAUUGGUACCCUAGUUGUGUCCCCCUGAAAAUCAGACUGGUUCAACAAUUUUUUAGUAAGUUAUGGCCCUUUGUUUAUUUCUAUAAUUUACAUAGAUUUAUAUAGGGAAAAACUUUGAAAAUCUUCUUGUCCAAAACCACAGAGCCUAGGGCUUUGAUAUUUGGUAUGAAGCAUCAUCUAGUGGUCCUCUACCAAGAUGAUUCAAAAUAUUUCCUUGGGGUCUAAUAUGGCCCCGCCCCGGGGGGUCACAUGGUUUAUAUAGACUUAUAUAGGGAAAAACCUCUUGUUCAAAACCACAGGGCCUAGGGCUUUGAUAUUUUGUAUAUGACAUCAUCUAGUGGUCUUCUACUAAGAUUGUUCAAAUUAUCCCCCUAGGGUCAAAUAUGGCUUCGCCCCGGGGGUCACAUGGUUUACAUAGACUUACAUAGGGAAAAACGUUGAAAAUUUUCUUGUCCAAACCACAAAGCCUAGGGCUUUGGCAUUUGUAAUGUAGCAUCAUCUAGUGGUUCUCUACCAAGUUUGUUCAAAUUAUCCCCCUAGGGUCAAAUAUGGCCCCGCCCUGGGGGGUCACAUGGUUCAUAUAGACUUAUAUAGGGAAAAGAUUUUAAAAUCUUCUUGUCAAUAACCUACAACAUUCAAAUUUGGACCACAUGUAUGGUUUUGAGUGGCAAGAUGAACCUUGACAUGAGUUGACCUUGAUUUUGACCUAGUGACCUACUUUCACAUUUCUGUAGCUACAGCCUUCAAAUUUGGACCACUUGCAUAGUUUUGUGCACUGAAAAAAACUUUUACCUUGACUUUGACCUAGUGACCUACUUUCACAUUUUUGAAGGUACAGGCUUCAAAUUUGGACCACAUGCAUAGUUUUGUGUUCCGAAUUGGAAUUUGACCUUGAUUUUGACCUACUGACCUACUUUCACAUUUCUCAAGCUACAGCCUUCAAAUUUGGACCACAUGCAUAGUUUUGUGUACCGAAACAAACUUUGACCUUUACAUUGACCUAGUGACCUACUUUCACAUUUUUGAAGGUGCAGGCUUCAAAUUUGGAACACAUGCAUAGUUUUGUGUUCCGAAAUAAAAUUUGACCUUGAUUUUGACCUAGUGACCUACUUUCACAUUUCUCGAGCUACAGCCUUCAAAUUUGGACCACAUGCAUAGUUUUGUGUACCGAAAUGAACUUUGACCUUAAGAUUGCCCUAGUGACCUACUUUCACAUUUCUGUAGCUACAGGCUUCAAAUUUAGACCACAUGCAUAGGAUUGUGUACCGAAACAAACUUUGACCUUGACAUUGACCUAGUGACCUACUUCCACAUUUUUGAAGGUACAGGCUUUAAAUUUGGACCACAUGCAUAAAUUUGUGUUCUGAAGUGUAAUUUGACCUUGAUUUUGACCUAGUGACCUACUUUCACAUUUCGUCCUUGAAAUUGAUCUAGUGACCUACUUUCACAUUUCUCAAGCUACAGCUUUCGAAUUUGGACCACAUGCAAAGUGUUGUGUACGGAAAUGAAAUUUGACCUUGAGCUAGUCAGUAAGUCUUGAAAUUUGGAACACUCAAAAAUGGCACAUUGGUGGGCGCCAAGAUCACUCUGUGAUCUCUUGUUUUUAAAUGUGGUAUUGUAAAUGAGAUGUGGAACCAAAAUUUGUAGUCCUGUUUGGCGCCAUAUAACCUAUACUGUGUUGGUGCGCCGUAAAACCCAAAUAAAUAAAUAAAUAAAUAACUACUUUCUUUUUUUCACCCACUUGUUUGAUCAUCAUUAAAAUAGAAAAAGUGGAAAAGCAGAGGUCAACCAACACAACAUAAAUGAAAAUGUUGCAGGCUCGGUUUAAUUGAGCCUGUUCAUGAAUGGUAGUGGAAAUGCAAGCUACCCUUGUGUAUAACAUUCUUGCAUAAACUGCUCUUGUUUCCACUUGAUCCCUUGAGGUACAGCCAGAGCUAUAAAUAGAAGAAUAUUGCCAUGACUUAAUGUAUGGAUCUUCAGCAUCUUUGUUUGGACCUGUAUCAAGUUUUCUCAAAUGGUUAAGGUUGGCCCUGAACUCUUUCUCAUUAACGACAUGAUGGACCUUCAUCAAACAUGGUCUAUAGCAUUAUUGCAUUUUCCCUUUCUUACAUUUAUUCUUCUUCUUCUUGUCGUUUGCAGUUUUACAUUUGUUGAAAUGGUUAAGCCUCACCCAUUUUGGGUCUGUCCCAAAAAAAAAAUAGAAAAAUAGCUUUGAAAAUAAUAGUUAAGGCACUGCUAAUGGAUCUUCACCAAACUUGGCAAGAAGAAAAGUCAAAAGGUCAAAAUCCUUGUCAGGUGAGCAACUUAGACCUGUUUGGGCCUUUUGUUGUAGUAAUUGCAACUUACAAAUUUUACUUCAGUCUUACCUAUUUUACUUCAGUCUUACCUGAAAAAGAAUUUCUUUCCUUCUUAAAACUCGUUCAUAGAAUGAUUUUAAACUAUUGAUUAAGGUUAUAUCAUUAUCUCUGUAGAACUGCAUUUGUAUUGUUUAUGAAAUGGGAAAUCCAAAACAAAUAAAAGUAAUAAAUAC